ACUUUUGGUUUGGGAAAACAAUAUGAAUGGAUAUGGAUGAUGCGCUACUGCAGGAUCUUUAUGUAUGGGUUGACAAGAUACCCCUAUCUCGAAUCAAGAGAAACAUUGCUCGUGAUUUUUCAGAUGGCGUUCUGAUGGCUGAAGUUAUGAAGUAUUUUUUUCCUAAAUUUGUAGACGUACAUAACUUCCCAACUUGUAACUCUGUUGAGUCCAAACGUAAAAACUGGCAACUUUUGAACUGGAAAGUUUUCAAAAAGCUUAAUUUUGAGCUCUCAGAUGACGUUAUAGAAAGUUUAUCUAUUGCCAAGCCAGGAACUAUCGAAAAAGUUUUAUUGUUACUCAGAACUAGGAUUGAGCGGAUGGUUACAGAUGAUAAAGGCAAGUUUUAUGAUUAUCAACCUGAGGCCGAUCGCUAUCCACAUGCUCGUGGAGUCCAUGAUGACUCAAAAUCUCCUGUGAAUAAAUCUCGAAACAAAAGAAUGGGGAAUUCUCAGUCUCUCCCAGGAAUUCGUCCACCUUCAUUAGAUCAUCCUGUCAAAUACCCUGGAAGGACAUCUGUUGCACGGGAACAUAGUCCAAACGCGCAUGUAUACAUGAAUGACCAAAGACCAAAGUGUACAUUAACAAAACGUUCUGAAUAUGUUCCCCGUGUUUAUCUUGACGAGAAAAUUCAGCAGUGCAUAACUUUGAAUGAGACUAUUGAAAUAUUACAUGCCAAACUUAGGAAACUGGAGAAUCUAUUGUCACUGAAGGAUAGAAAGAUCGACGAGUUACAGAAAACGAUCAACUGGUUUUCUCUAAAGCGAAACUAAACGAGAUUACUUUUCACUAUGUAUCUAACAUUUUUUAAUUGUUAUGCAAUCCCAAGGCUCUGUAUCGAGGGCGAAUAAUGUGGGUUUCAUUUUGUGCAGCAUAUCUGCUUUGUUAUUGUAUUGUAUCUUUUUCUUUUUUCGUUACUACCAACAAAACGAAAAAGAUAAAUAUCCUUUGUUUAGUUUCAAACUCCGUGUUUUCAACGCCUUGUGAUGUACGUAUGUAAUAGUGCUUGCUGUUAUAAUAUACUUAGGAAACACAUUGUUCAGACAAAGUCAAUUUAUUUUAUUUUUCUAAAACGUUUACCGGGUUUCAUGUCCCUACACAGAGAAACAUUUCGAAAUUAAUGGGAUCUUGUUGUGAUUGGAUAUCUUUUGAAUUCGCUCUUUUUCAUUCUGUUCCUUUAAGUUGUUUACAUAUACCCACAAAAUGUAUAAAAGUAAUAUUUCAAUAC